GCCACCCCUGGUCUAUUCACCGCGCCAUCGAUCCGAGACAAAAUUCAGUAUCCCCCGUGACGGACGGCUUGAGCUCUAUGUUUAUCACAGCACCUUGAGAUGGUUACACCUGGCGGCGGUGGUGGUGAGAGCAAUCCGCUCAGUUUUUCGGCCCACGCGCGAACGUGCUCUUUGCCUCAAAAAGCGUGAUACCUGGCUAUCCGGUGUAUCAACUAUCUUCUUUGACAGUCGCUAGUAAUUUGCAGUCAUCAUGGCGCAAACCCAACCCCAACAGUUUUCCCAGUCAUUCUCUCCCCCGGGGUCAUCACCGUCCCCGGGGGUUGGCUCGCCGGUGAAUGGAACCGGUGUCCCGCAACAUCCGGCCAAACGACAACGCCUCUCUCCCCUCACACAGUCCCCUUACGCCUCUCCCAGCUUUGGGACCUUGCAGUUACCUCAAAAUCAACCCCCAACGCCGGUAAAUGGGACGAACAUGAAUGGCAUGGCUCUAAACCCAGGAUCUGCGCCUCAGACCCAGCCUCAGACCCAAGGCACGAUGGGACCGCCGUCUCGGCCGGUGGAAAAGGCCACGGAUGCCGCUGAACUCACAGAUGUUCUGGCAUCUUCUGGUAUCGAUGUACGAGAAGAAGAAGCUUUUCUUACCAGCAGCUAUUCCGGUCCUGGCGUUCAAGUACAACAGCCACCGCGUCUACAGCAACCACUUCCUCCCCAACACCAGCAGCAACAACAACCUCAGGCUCAGCAAUCCUUUGUAAAUACCUCUUUCACCUCACAGACGUCCACGACCGGGACAGCCUCGGCAAACGCGAGCUUCAGCGAGCCGUCACCCCUCAAACCGACCCCGACUCAAGAAUCCUUCUACUCCGAACCGUCCACUCAACCCCCUGCUCCAUUCAAAGAUCCCAAUCAGCCGACUCGAGAAGAUACCGAAGCCGCGCGACGCGCACAAUACCAUCUCCAGGAGCCAUUUCUAUUGACGAAGGUGUUGGAACAAAAGCUUCAGAAGCGCGGGUUUGAGCUUGGAGUCCGCAUUCCCGCAGAGGGCCUAUUUCACCCCAUACCUGAUCGUCCACAGCCGAUCGAAGUCACCGGACCGGAUGGCUCAUCCGUUGUGCGUACCGGCAAAACUAUCCUCAACCAAGAAGGCGCACCCUUGGUGGACAUACUGAACCUCAUGUCCAUAUCUUGCGAGGAACGACUGAGAUCCGUGGUAGAUUAUUCAUCGACUCUCGCGAGAAGCCGUCGGGCGCACUCCCACGGAGUCGUGCCCGCUGAUUGGAAAGACAUGGCGCAAGCUUCUAGGGUCAACGAAAGUGUAGCAGGUCAACAAACACCUUCGCUGAAACGCAACCAUUCAUCGACGGAACCACCCGGAACGAAACCUUUGUCUGAACGGUGCCGCUUGCUGGUAGAGAGGGAUAAUUCUAGCGAGGAAGCGCGCGCGUCCAAACGCGCCAAACGCAGCGCGAGCGCGAUCCUGGGGGAGGGUGGGACCAAAUCCGAGUCCCUGGAAACCCCUGGCUCCGCGCCGUCGACGCCAGUGGCAGAGAAGGCGCCCAGUCUCGACAAGAAAAGUGUUUCCAAGAAGGAAGCCAGAAAAAUGGUCGAUGCGCGAGCUACCGAAGCGGCACAACACCAGCAGUCGGUCGAGACGGCACGAAUGGCCACCAACAGCAUGUUGUCGAGUCGGAUGUUUGGCACGAAGAAGUCGUAUUCGUGGCUGAAUCGCGGGCCGGCUACUGGAAGCGGGUUUUCGUCUCCGUCGCGUGCCACUGCGGCCACUCCAGCUCCUGGCAGCGAGAAAUCCGGGCGCUCUGGUGAAUCCACCACGGUGACCUCCAAACGACUGGGGACGUGGAGGGAAGACAAAGAGAAGGGAGCGGGGGUGCAGGUUCGGGAUAUUCUCUUUAUGCUGGAACUGGAUGGGCGGGGGUCGCGGCAUGUCCAGAAGGCGUACUCCAAGGAUGUGAAGGAAGACCGGGUGGACUAGCCUGGCAGGCUUCCGUUCCAGCCUGAUUCUGCCUUUCUGCCAUUCUGCCUGCCUCUUCUAAUCUUUAUCAACAUUUCUUGCACCUUUUUUUCUACUUUAUUAACGUUUGGUCUUACGCACAGUUACUGCGGGAUACUAGGCGUGGGCGUUGCGGAUGGUUUUGAUGGGUCACCUUGUGCAUGUUUCUGUACUACUGCGUGCAUUUUCCUCGAGGAGGUAGUGGGGCGCGUGCAUCUCUUUCCAGCUGUUCUUCUUGCUUUGGUGUUUAUUGCUUCCCGGUUCUUUUCCAUCUUCUUUCCAUUAUCGAUGUAUUGUGCGCAAUGUGGCAGGGAUUGCGUCUAUCUAGUGGGCCAGACAACUUUCAAAAUACGGAUACCCCUUAAG